ACAGAGAGGGCACGCACCACUUGGGACCCCUACUCCUCUCCACUGCCACUUCAGCCUUUGUCUUUCGCCCACUGCACUUCCAGUCCUUUAGCUCCUACUUCACCCUCUUCAUCUCUCUCCUCUCCCAACGCAAAAACAGGCGCACGCCAGCCGAUCUAAAGCCAAGCAGGAAGAAUCCGAAUUUGCUAGCGUUUAGCCCCGUUCGAGCUCGAGCCAAGAUCCCCACACUACCAUGGAUAUCGCCAUUCAGCACCCCUGGUUCAGACGCGCCAUGGGCUCCAUAUACCCCGCCCGUCUCUUUGACCAGUUUUUCGGUGAGGGCUUGUUUGACUACGACCUGUUUCCCUACACCGCCUCCACCAUCAGCCCCUACUACAGGCACUCGCUGUUCCGCAACUUCCUGGACUCGGCCAACUCCGGCAUGUCUGAGGUGAGGUCUGACAGGGACAAGUUCACAGUCUUCCUGGAUGUGAAGCACUUCUCCCCCGAUGAGCUCUGCGUGAAGGUUUGCGACGACUACGUGGAGAUCCAGGGCAAGCAUGGAGAAAGACAGGACGACCACGGUUACAUCUCUCGUGAGUUCCACCGCCGCUACCGCCUCCCCUCCAGUGUGGACCAGUCGGCCAUCACCUGCACCCUGUCCGCCGACGGCCUCUUGACCCUGUGUGGCCCAAAGGUGACCGGUGGCGGUGACUUCGGCCGCGGUGACCGCAACAUCCCCGUCACCCGCGACGACAAGACCAAUGCCGCACCCUCCUCUUAAGAAGACGGGCGCGAGGCGUGCUGCCAGGCCAGGUGGCACCAGGGCUGCGGGGCUGUGGUUGGGGUGUCGACGGGUGGGAGGGGUCACGCUGAGGUGGGCUUAUAUUCCAAACAAAACAGCCGUGUGGCUGAGGAUCGGGUUGGGGGUCACUGAACAACACCCCCCCCCCCAGACUCCUUCCCACUACCACGGCUUCCCCACCCUCAUCACCCUAUCCUAACCUCUCCCUGACUCCACAUAAAGGAUAUCAGUGUAUUUCUAGCCUUGUAUUUCUCUCCCUUGUUAGACGGCAAUAGACUAUUACGACAGCAUUAAUAUUCUCGUUACGAUUAUGAUGAUUAUGACCGACUCAUGAGGAUGGAUAAAGAGAGGGAUGGUCGGGGCUUCGGGGGAGAAUUUAAAAGUAUACAGAAGGUUUAAAGAGAGGGUCGCAUGACUUAACCCUGGCUUUCUGUCCUGUGAUAAACAGAAAGCAGUUACCCUGGCGUACUGUGGGUAAUCAUUCACCCGGUGAGGGAGCUGCUCUUCAUUACUGUACUGAGCAACUCUUCCUGAAAGAAAGGAUAAGGGGGGGUUUGGGUUAAGUACAUACCACGACCUGGUCCAAUAGGACUUUUGUAUUAGCCUUAAAAAGGGGUUCCAUUAUUGGGAUUACACCACCCAUCUGGCUCAUUUUCCAUUCCUGUUGCGACUUGUUUCCAAAUCCUUUUCUUUUGUCUUUGAACAUUUCCUGUCCUGUAGUGUUAGCCCUGUUCAACUGAUAUCUGCUCAUUACCUGACAAGUCUACUAAAAAGUACAUACAAUAAAGCUGUACGAUUAACCAAGAAA